AUGAUGACUGAAGAGCUGACCGAUUUAACCGCACCGAAACCCGCCGUGGAAGUGAAAAGCGUGGCGAUGAGCCCCACGGAGGAGCCAAUAUUCGCCGUGCUCGGGGCUGACCCCUCCGCAGCCCCGGGGAAGAAGCCAAACGGCGGGGCUAAGUCACCUCCUGCGACCGCUGUAAUGGCCACCACCUCCGACACUGAGUCCGGGAUCUUCUCCGGGGAAAGCGAAACGUGCGUGGAGCACGAGUGCGAGCUGGACUGGUUCUGCGUGACCGAGUUGAAACUAAUUUGCUCCCACUGCACCAUAGUCGGCUCCUGCCACGGACACUCCGUGACGCCCCUGGAGAACAGAGUCACUGCAGUCCGGAAUCAUCUUGUGGACGUGUGUGAAAAAAUGCAGCUGCAGGCGCAGAGGAUGGAAAAGUUCAUCGAGCACACACUUAAAGCCAAGGAGCAAAAACUUCAGGUGGCAGCGAACGUGGCUCGGGAGCGGGUGGUGGCCCGGGUCACUGCCGCCCGCGAGGCCCUGGAGGAGGAGGAGCAGCGGCUCCUGGAGGAGGUCCAACGGGAGGAGGAGCGUGUGGAGCAGUGCCUCCUAACCCAGAGGGCUCACUGGGGCCAGGCCAUGGCCAGCCUGACAGGCACACGCUCCCGCUUAGUGCACACCCUCACACACUCUUCCGAUGCACAGCUGGUGUUGAGCAUUCAGGAGAUUGCUGAAAGAGUGGAGGAGGCCGACGGAGUGGGCCAGCCGUGCGAUACGGAACAGCUCAACAUGAAGCCAGGUUGUGGCGACAGCAUCCUGCUGAGGGGAAUGUGGGCCACAGCCAUGCUACACGGGCCAAAGGCUUAUGCAUUGUCCUCUUUAAAGUUUGACGAGCGCACCGCUAACCACCUCCUGUCGCUCUCUGACGACCGCUGCACUUUGACCUACCUCCACAAGAAACCUCGCCAGCCUCUGCCUUACGACCCGGCCCGCUUCGACUGCUGGCCCAACGCCCUGGGCUCCCUGUCCUUGUCCUCCGGCACCCAUAGCUGGGUGGUGGAGGUUGGCCAGAGCGCCGCUUUCAAGGUGGGCAUCUGCUACGUGGGCCUGCAGCGGAAAGGCUCCGGGGACCUGGCCAGGCUGGGACACAACGACCAAUCGUGGGUGCUUUCCCACUACGACGGUGAGUACUCUUUCUUGCACGCGGGAGAAAAGGUGCUGCUACGAAUGGCGACAAGACCUCAGAGGGUCGGCAUCCUGCUGGACUGGUCCAGUCACACGUUGCUGUUUUACGAGCCCGAAUCCGCCACCAUUUUGCACUGCGUUACGCAUCACUUCGCCGCCCCUUUGUUGCCCGCGUUUGCUGUGACUGACCAACAUAUCACCAUAUUACAUUGACAACAACAAACUACUUCUUAACAUGAACAAUGUGAAUGUCUGUCUGGUCACUAUUCAGACAGUAAAAGCAAUUCUAAAAUUGUUUAUAAUGGCUGUUAAAUCAAGUGCACUGACCGUUGAGUUAAAACCCUGGACGCCAACAGUGGUGGUCUUCCACCAUCUAUCUACUCAGGAUUCAAACCCACACCAUCACUGGCUCGGAAGUCAAGUGCAGAAGUUGGGCCACCAACUUUACUUUGGUGCACAACCUGGCAUCUGUGAGCACAAACACAAUCAUACUUAUGUUUUGUCUCCUUUGUUCUACUCGGUCUAUUGGCAGUUAGCAAAGUAGCUUACCAGUCCUCAACUGGAAUUGUCCUACCAUUGAAACAAAGCAAAUGGGAGGUGAAUGUGUCGCCAUCUAGCGGUGAGCUAGAAAAUGGGCAUGUGCACCCUCUCGCCCUGUCUAAUAGAAAGAUAGUGCUUUGGUGUCACCUUGACUUCUGCACGAAAUUCUAAACUUAAUGUGGAUAAAUAAUUCCUGUCGUUUUUGUGAUGCAACAGGGAUCUGUAACUAUCCUGAAUAUGCAGAAAAUUACCAUUAUUGUAGCUUCAGAUUGAAGAGUAGGUUAUAAUUGCUAUUGGAUGAUAUAGUAACAUCUUAUCACUUGACUGCUUUUUUAUGAUUAAAUUCUUUUUUUAUAUAAUCUACCCAUUGCCAAUGAUCUUUACACUGUAUUUUUGAAUUUGGAAUAAAUGAUUGUCAUAUUUCUUUG